CAUGGUUCAGUCCAUGUGUCGCCUCCCUCAAGGCAUGAGCGCAGUAUAACCUAGAAAAUUGUCGUCAUGAAUAACAAAGUGAAUAAUGAACAAGUUAAUGAAGACGAUGAUGAUUCUGCUCGAGAGAAUGAUUCGGAAAAAACGCCAGAGGGUGAGAAAGAAGAAAUUCUCCCAGGAUUUUCCAGUUUCGAUGACUUUGUCAAGACAGGCUUCACAGUUCUCAAAGCGGGAAUAAAAGCGGCGAACAGUCUCCCAACGGGUGAAAAUUUCACCUACUACUCGUGCUUCCCCACCUUCAGAAACAUUCGCCACGAGGAGAUAAAAAAGCUCCUCACCUCAAUGCAAUGCAUAGUAGAAUGCACAGGUGCAUCGGGUAGCAUGAAACGAGGCGACCAAGAAGAGAAAUUCGAGCUUCUAACAGAAGCCAACGACCUCCUCCUGGACCGCGCGACAGCCUGCAUGGACAAAGAGGCAGGCGUGUCAAAAGAGCCUAACGUGCAAUUGAUAACAACCCAAACAAAGCAGACAAACUACGGCUCAUGGAACACCUCAGUAAUCCAAUCGACCUCGAGCAAUCCGCAGGAGCCACUGAGCAGUGCCCAGGGAAUUCGUCUGCUGGCAGCCAAGAACAUCCACAGACCCCAGCUAUCCUUCAAAGACAAAAUCGACAACAGCGCGAAGCCCUGGGAGCCCAGAAUAAAAGACAAACCAAACGCCCUAAAACCCCUGUCAAUCCACCUGAUCGACACCGAAGAGGGUCUAGCCUACAGUCACCCCUACGAGUGGGAGCUGGACAAACUCACCUACCAGGACCACCAAUUGACCCCAAGAACCCCCAUAAAAUACCGCCCCCUGUCCGAAACCCCCUUAAUCGUGAUAGAAAAGCCCCAAGACCUGAAGAUUCUCCUGAACGACCUCCGAAAUUACGAGGAAAUAUCAGUGGACCUUGAGCACCACUCCUACAGGACCUUCCAGGGAAUCACCUGCCUCAUGCAGAUAUCCACGAGAGACACAGACUACCUGAUAGACACCCUCUCCCUGCGCUCAGACCUCCACGCGCUGAACGAGAUCUUCACGAAGCCCUCAGUCUUAAAAGUCUUUCACGGAGCAGACAGCGACAUUCAGUGGCUGCAGAGGGACCUCUCCCUGUACAUCGUCAACAUGUUCGACACCCACCAAGCCGCCAAGCACCUGAACCUCCCCUACCUGAGCCUGGCUUAUCUGCUGAAGACCCACUGCAACAUCGACCCGAAUAAGCACUUUCAGCUGGCUGACUGGAGGAUUCGACCGCUGCCAGAGGAGCUGAUGAAAUACGCCAGAGAGGACACCCACUACCUCCUGUACAUCAAGGAUAUCCUCACGAAUGCACUGAUAGAAGCUGCCAACGGCCAGGCCAACAUCCUGAGGGCUGUCUACGACAGAUCCAACGAGAUUUGCAAGAGAAUAUACAGAAAGCCGGUGUGUUUGGAGGACAGCCACAUGAGUAUUUAUCGUAAGAGCCAGAAGAUGUUCAACAAUCGUCAGCUUCAUGCUCUGAAGGAGCUGUACUCGUGGAGGGACGAGACAGCUCGGCAAGAGGACGACAGCUAUGGCUAUGUCCUGCCGAAUCACAUGCUGUUGAACAUCGCUGAGACACUACCCAGGGAGAUGCAGGGAAUUCUCGCCUGCUGCAAUCCCAUUCCUCCACUUGUGCGGCAGAAUCUACUGAAAUUGCACAAGUUAAUUCUGAGGGCGAGGGAGCAGCCCCUGAUAAAACCGGUUUUGCUGGAGCAGGACAUGAGGCAGAGGCUGGCACAGAGGCAUCAGGUGGAGACGGACGUGUGGAUGCUGUCGCCACACGACAUGAGUAAUAACGAGGUGCAGGCCAAUCUUCCUUGUUUGCUCGAUGCCAAUGGGGUGAGGAGUUUUGGGGAGACGGAUUUGGAGGCUCGCCCCAAGGUGACCAUCUUCGAGGAUGAGGAGAGGCUGGGGGAUGGGGGACUUGGCGAGAGGUUGAGGAGGACGAAGACCCUGUUUGUGAGCCCUUUCGAGAGGUACAAACGAGUGCUGCCGAUGGUUGCUGCGCAGGAGGCGAGGGACUUGGCUAGGGAGGAGAGGGAGAGGGAGGAGAGGGCGGCUGCUGAAAAGGCACAAAAUGAAGAGACUCAGCAGAGUAUCGACAGGGUUCGCCAACACUUUCUCGAAGUCACGAGAGACCACAGGGAAGAUUUUGAUGGCGGGAGGGAGCAAGAGGAGAGAGAGCCUCUCAGUAAUAUGCCAAGGGGUAAGAAGAGGAAACGUGAGUCCGAGGUCGAUGACGACGUUGAAAGUGUUAACAAAAAGUUUGACGUAUCUACGCCGAAGCCCGCGAGGGACUCCACACUCGCUGAUACGUUUAAGGGCAGGAGGAUUCAGAAUGAAGAGGACGAAGUGGAUUCACGAAUGGACGAUAAGAGGAAGCCAGAGGGAAGGGUACUCAAAAGUGUGCGUGUUUAUUCGGGGUCAGCGGACAAGACGAAAGUUCAGAAGCUUAAGAACAGGAAAGAAUUGACGCAGAAGGGAAUGCUACCCAAUCCGAAUUUCGACUACAAAGCGGUGGAUUUCAGUAGCUUCCAGGGUGGAAGUAAAAACGAUUUAGCCAAAACGACGGUCUUUCAACAGAAACAGUUCAAAGACAAAAUCACGAAAGGAAAAAAGAAGAAGAAGCAAAAACUCGGUAUAUGAAAAUUAAACCCAAAAAUUUAAUUGAAAUACCCAACGAAGGAGAGAUCUGCCUUAUUCAUUCCGAACAAUUGCACGUGGGAAAAAUCAUCAAGAAAGUGUUCAAAAAAUAUUGAGCAGAAUUAUGUGGGACUACCAGAUAAUUUAAAAGACUGUUUAAAUGGAGGCAACUGCUAUCCGAAAAUCGAGGA